UGAAUUUUCAAGCCACGGACCAGCCUCCCAAGACUAGCAGCCCAAUAAGAGCUGACAGGGGAGGCUCUUUGUAAGAUCACUUUCUCAAACCCUUCACUGUUUUGCUCAGCAGCCAGGCACAUUGGAGCAGCUCACUGAUAAAAUUCAAGGAUUUACUGGGAAUAUCCCUCUUGCCUCUUUUGUGUGUGUGUGCUUUUUUUUUUCCUCCCUCUCUCUCUCUUUCUCUCUCUCUCUCUCUCUCUCUCUCUCUCUCACUCUCUCUGUCUGGAGAUGCUCUGCUGAUGUGUGGAUCCACAGAGGUAGCUAGGACCUGCAUCUUAUUUCAUAUGGACCCAUAGAGCUUGAGAGAAAGAGUGCAUCAGUAUGAAAAGGCACAGGAGCCUCGCAGAGUGAGGGGGGCUUAUCAAGGAUCCAGCUUGGCACUAUUAACUGUGAAGUCGAUCCCAUUUUUUUUUGUAUUAAUUGACUGGUGGCAGCAGAUGGAGAGAUGAACUGAUCACAUACACAGGAAACAUCAAUGAGCGAUAUUCCAGACUCGUCAUGUCCUUCAUUCGUGAACUAUUUGUGCUUAUGUUUAUUGAGCAAUAAAGCCGCGGAUCAGCUGCAAGUAAAUAUCUCUCGCCGCAUGAUGAAUUGGAUGGCUGCAAUCUGGAUGUGAGCAAGAACAUUUGUUUCAUGUUGUCCGCGCUCCCUUUAACCCGUGUUAAAAUGCCAGAAAGACUGGGGGAAACAUUCAUGGAUGUUUGGACUCCAUUAAUCAUAUUAUGGAUUGCUGUACUUCCUCAUGUAUAUAUGGCUCCGAGGGAUGAUUCCCAUGUACUCACCACCGAUGCCACCUUGGAACUUAGUGGAAUCAACGAUGAGCAAAAAGUUUUGAACCGAUCCAAGAGAGGCUGGGUGUGGAAUCAAAUGUUUGUUCUGGAAGAGUUCUCUGGCCCUGAACCCAUACUAGUUGGAAGGCUUCACACAGACUUGGAUCCUGGGGUCAGCAGAAUCAAGUACAUUCUUUCUGGAGAGGGAGCCGGCACCAUCUUUGUGAUCAAUGACAAGACGGGAGAUAUUCACGCAAUGAAGAGACUUGAUCGGGAGGAGAAGGCUGAGUACACCCUUACAGCACAGGCCGUGGAUAGAGAUACGAACAAACCUUUAGAACCACCUUCAGAGUUCAUCAUAAAAGUUCAGGACAUCAAUGACAACGCACCAGAAUUUCUUAAUGGGCCGUACCAUGCCACUGUCCCUGAGAUGUCCCUUGUGGGGACAUUUGUCACCAAGGUAACAGCCACUGACUCAGACGAUCCAGUGUAUGGAAACAGCGCUAAACUGGUUUACAGCAUUUUAGAAGGCCAGCCUUACUUUUCCAUAGAGCCUCAUACAGCAAUCAUCAAAACGGCACUUCCUAACAUGGACCGAGAAGCAAGAGAGGAAUAUCUUGUGGUCAUUCAAGCCAAGGACAUGGGUGGUCACAUGGGUGGCCUUUCUGGAACCACAACGGUCACUGUUACCCUCACUGAUGUCAAUGACAACCCCCCAAAGUUUGAAAUGAGUCAGUAUCAGUUUAAAGUGCAAGAGGACAUCGCUAUCGGUGACUCAAUUGGACGAGUGAAGGCAAAUGACCGAGAUAUUGGAGACAAUGCUAAAUCAUCCUUUGAUAUCAUUGACGGUGAUGGGAAGGACAUUUUUGAAAUCGUGACAGAUUCCCAGACACAGGAUGGAGUCAUUCGACUAAGAAAGCCUCUGGACUUCGAGAGCAAAAAAUCCUAUACACUGAAGGUAGAGGCAGUCAAUAUUCAUAUUGAUCCGCUUUUCAUCAGCGCGGUACCCUUCAAAGACACCGCAACGGUUAAAGUAACGGUGGAGGAUUCCGAUGAGCCCCCUGUCUUUUCAUCGCCUAGUUAUCUGCUGGAGGUGCACGAGAACGCGGCCAUAAAUGGUGUCAUUGGCCAGGUGACAGCGAGAGACCCCGAUUCAACAGCAAGUUCUAUAAGGUUUUCCAUCGAUCGCAAUACAGAUCUUGACCGACAGUUUAACAUUAAUGCGGAUGAUGGCAAAAUAACAUUGGCCACUGCACUCGAUCGGGAGAAGAAUAUGUGGCAUAACAUCACAGUGGUAGCUACAGAAACCAGUACCAACAGUCAGAUCUCCAGAGUGCCCGUUUCAAUUAAGGUUCUUGAUGUUAACGACAAUGCCCCUGAGUUUGCAACAGACUAUGAAGCAUUUCUUUGUGAGAAUGGGAAACCUGGACAGAUUAUUCAAACAGUCAGUGCUAUAGACAAAGACGAUCCAAGAAACGGCCACUACUUUUUCUACAGUCUUCUCCCAGAAAUGGCCAAUAACCCAAAUUUUACCAUCAAAAAUAAUGAAGAUAAUUCACUCAGUAUCCUGGCAAGACAUAAUGGAUUUAACCGUUUGAAGCAGGAAGUGUACCUUCUACCGAUCAUAAUAAGUGACAGCGGUAAUCCUCCGAUGAGCAGUACCAGCACCUUGACAAUACGGGUCUGCGGUUGCAGCAGCGAUGGUGUGGUCCAGUCGUGCAAUGCUGAAGCUUAUGUUCUGCCGAUUGGUCUCAGCAUGGGAGCACUAAUAGCAAUCUUGGCAUGCAUUGUUCUGCUUUUAGUUAUUGUUGUGCUUUUUGUCACCCUCCGAAGACAUAAAAACGAGCCUCUCAUAAUUAAGGAUGAUGAAGAUGUUCGUGAAAAUAUAAUCCGCUAUGAUGAUGAAGGUGGAGGAGAAGAAGACACAGAGGCCUUUGAUAUUGCCACUUUGCAAAAUCCAGAUGGUAUUAAUGGAUAUUUACCACGCAAGGACAUCAAGCCUGAUUUUCAGUUCAUGCCCAGACAAGGUCAUACCUCUACUCCCAAUGGCGUUGACGUUGAUGAAUUUAUUAACGUAAGGCUCCAUGAAGCUGACAAUGAUCCUACUGCUCCACCAUAUGACUCAAUCCAGAUUUAUGGUUAUGAAGGACGAGGAUCAGUGGCUGGUUCCCUGAGCUCCUUGGAAUCCUCAACUUCGGACUCCGAUCAAAAUUUUGACUACCUCAGUGAUUGGGGUCCUCGCUUUAAAAGACUGGGAGAACUUUACUCAGUUGGGGAAAGUGACAGAGAAACUUGACAAUAAAUCAACCCUUUUUUUGCAUUCUGAACUUGCAAGUCUGUAAUAUUUUAGGGUCAUUGUUAGUAAAGGACUAAAAGUGGCCAACUUGUUCUAGAGACAGAUUAGCACCAGUCAUCAAUAAUGAAAUAAAUCAACUACAUCGUAAUGUUGAACCAAAAAUUGUGUACAUUAGGGGGGUCAGUCUUGUGGAGUAAAGUUUGUGAAGUAUCUAGAAGUCAUUGGAUGUUCAGUAUUCACUUGCACCACCUUGGAGUUUGGAAAUUUGGCAUCUGAGAUGUCUAGAUAACAGAGCAAGUAAGGCAAAAGACAAUGACACUUUGGACAAGUGGAUGGUUGCUCUGUGGUAAUGUCUUCUACCAAUAAUGUCUACAGCAAAGUUUUGAAAACAAGGAAUCAACUACUUUUUACUAAAGCAAUAUUUGGUCUUCUGAUGAAUUUUGAUAACUUAUCAAUACCCAGCUGGCUUCCACUGUGUAAUGACUUGACAUUGUACAUACUUGGUGGCCAUCAAAACCACUAAUUCAUCAUAAUUACAUGUUUUUGAGCCUUAAAAUAUUCACAUGUCCUAUUACUAAUUUAAAUACACAAACAUUGUGCGUUGAUCAAUAAACAUCUCCCCU